AUGGCCCGCCUCGCUUAUUUCCUGGCGCCGCUGAGUGUCAGCGGCCAUGGCACCCUCACGUGGCCGCCGAACCGGGUGAACGGCAGUAUGGCCAAUGCCGGCAGCUGUGCCUGGGAUGACUGCAUUUGGUACACAGACUUUGUCGAGAUCCCCGGCGAGCCCACAGUGAACGACGAGGAGUUUCGGACCUUCAACGUCAAGGUGGCGUCAGGCGCCCGGGACUUUACCCGCAAGAACCCUUGGCGGGCCCCGGGCACGGCGCCGGUGCUGGGGCGGGGCUGUGGCAUCUACGGGGGCAAGCAGGACUUUGUCGAGGACUCCUCCGGAGACCUCCUAGGAAUUCACCCUCCAGGCACCGACGGUGUGGACCUUCCGGCGCAAGAACCCACGCAGUGGGCGCUGGGCUCUGUCCAGGAAGUGGCCUGGGCCAUUGCAGCCAACCAUGGGGGCGGCUACUCCUAUCGCCUCUGUCCCAAAGGUGGGAAUGUGUCGGAGGAGUGCUUCCAACAACAUGUCCUGAAGUUUGCGGGCGACAAGCAGUGGCUCAUCUAUGGCAACGUCACUCAGAUGGGGGAGUCAAUCGCUUCAGAGAUGCCUCGCUUGGAGCUGCCGCUGAUCCGUGUGACUGAAGGAACCUUCCCUGAGGGCAGCGAGUGGGCCAGGAAUCCGAUCCCCAGCUGUGACAUGUUCAGCCAGGCUGACUGCGAGGGCUUGCCCCAGAAGCAGUACAUCUCUUGCGCGCAGGCGGCCAGCGGCUACGACGUGGUCACGUGCCCGCCGGGCAGCAUCCAGUUCCCCGAGCCCUACCCAGGCCUCAGUGGCCAUGUGCCCUGGUGGCGCAGCGGCCUGGGGCCCAUGACGCCCCAGUGGUCCACGCACCUCAUGGGUGGCUCCGCAGGCCUUCCCCCCAUCUCCCGCGGCUUCCCCUUCAGCGUGGCGGACCUGGUGCAGGUCCCCCCAGAUCUGGAGGUGGGAGAGUACCUGCUGUCUUGGCGCUGGGACUGUGAGCAAUCCACGCAAGUCUGGCAGAACUGUGCCGACAUCCAGAUCGUGAGUGCAGAGGGCGGCACCAUCCUUCCGUGA